AGUUUGGCACAAAAGUUGUUUCCUCAAGCUGCAGGUCGUCAGGUCAGGGCCGAGCCCCAAGAGGAUGGCCCAACUACCUGCCAUGGCCUAUGGCCAGGUGGCGCGGAUGUUCUACGACGAGCUGCCCAAGGUGAUGCAAGAGGAUGAGCUGCUCUUGAAGAGGAGGAUCCAGGAGCGCGUCGAGAGGAUGAAGCUGGACGGACCACAGGUGCUGAAGAUACUGGUUGAUGCAUGCCAGCCGGGUGCCAAGUCCCUGGAUGAAAAUGAGACUUUUGUGGAACUCUUCAAAGACACCGAGCAGCUCUUUGCCAAUGCAAUCACAGCCACUCGCUCUGCCCAGGUCUUUGCCCAAACCAUGUUCAAGAAGGUGGUCUUGUCAUCCUGUAUUUGCGAAGAAGACCGCAGGGUCAUUCAGGCGUAUUGGGACCCGUACCGUGAUCCGGCCUAUGACAGCGCCUUUUUGACAGACGAGCUAUGGUGCAUCCAGUGUGGACACCCACAGCUACUGACAUACGAUUCAAAGAUUGGAUGCCCAGGAGAAGGAACAAAGGCGUUCCACGGAUAUCAAGUUUGCCCUCAGGGCUGGAUAAAGCUUGCCGUCAAGACCAAGCGUGCACCCUCUGAGUGGCUCGAAUGGCACAAAGCAUAUCAUGGAACCUGCCUUCGGAAUGUAGACCUCAUUCUUGAACAGGGUUUGAAAAUACCCGAGAAGGCCGUUCAUGGAGCAGCUGGCGCAGGCGGCAAAAUGGUGAUCUAUGCAUCGCCAUGUGUUGAGUACUCAGCCCAUUUCCUCUACACUGGCCAAAGCACCGUAUGUCAGCACAGCCUUGAACAGGUCCGCGAGAUCGAAGGAGACUCCAAGUCCUGGGUGCAAUACGUCUUCGAGGUGCGGGUCCGUCCGGGAUCCUAUCGCGUGCAAGGGAACACCUUGCACGAAACACUCUGGCCGGAAACGACUUUGGAAUUCGACCUGAUGUGCAAUUCCAAAAGCUUGGAAUGGAUCAUUGAGAAGGAGGAGGACGUUGAGAUCACUGGAGUCCUCAUCCGGCAGCUGCCAAAGGCACCUGCGGACUGGAACAAGGAGCGGAUUGCCAGGAUGAAGCAGCAUGUGGAGUGGAAAGAUGGCUGCGCCACCCGUAAACGAGACCAUGGCAAAGAUCCCGAUAGCAAAGUCGCCCCUCGCGAAGGCAAGUGGCAGUGGAACGCCUCCACGACCACAUUGAGCCGUGCUGAUGACCAAGAUUGGCGAGACUACGGUCAGGACAUCAGCCAAGCCAUCGAGGGAGCCUACUUGGCGUACCAGCGCUUUUGCUUCAUCGGAGAUUUAGGGGGAAAUCCGUACGUGAUUGAUUUCCAGAGCUGGUGCAACGCAGGGGGAGAAGGUCCCAUUCAGUUGCGCGCAGACAGUGGCAACCAAGAAGGUUGGCGCCAACGUGCAAUUCGGCGAGUUCCGAAAGAGUCAUGAUUGGCCUCGUUGAGGUUUGAUCUGGCAUGCCCUACCGCACAGGGGCAGCCAAAAUUUUCCGCAGAUUGCACUCUGCAGAUUUGCCGUGGAGGAAAA